AUGAUAUCAACAAAACUAUAUAUUCUUCUUGUUCCAAUUUCAUCGGAUUUACCAAAUCAUAAUGCUUCAAUUCAACUAUGUGUACAAAAACUUCGAAUACUUAUCGAAGAUUCAGCUCGAAAUUUAAAAUAUAUUGGUUUACUUGCUAUGUCGACAAUCUCACAUACGCAUCCAAAAAGUAUUCAAUCACAUAGUGAUUUAAUAAUGCGUUGUCUUGAUCUUCUUUCUCGAAUGGCAAUUCUUUUUGAAAAUGAUUAUGUUUUUAUUCAUGAUUCAAAUUCUACAACUGUCUCCGAACUUUUAUAUGCUGCUGCAUGGAUUUGUAGUGAAUUUCAUUCAAAAAAAUCGAAAACUGAUGCAAAAGUAAUUCAUGAUAAUGAUGAUGAUGAUAUUAAUUCAACUGUUAAAGUAACACGUGAUGGUGAAUUACCAGAAAAUGCUACAGAAAGUGAAAAUAAAGAUAAUGAUAAUGAUGUGCGUGUUGAAAAAAAUAAAAAAUAUGGUCCAUAUCGAGCACUUAAUAUUGACUUAAAUGAAAAAUCUAUUCAGUCGAUUCCUACACCAUCACCAUUGACAUCUCAAUUAAAAGAAUCAGUUCCUAAACAAGUUAAAAUAAUUGAAAAACAAGAACAAUCAUCAACAUCGAAAUCUAAACACAAACGAGAACGUAGUGAUGAUAAAGAAUUAUUAUCACCAGCUGAUGAAGAAGAAAAUCGUCGAACUUCUUCUACACCUUUUCCUCCUCCUACUACUGCAGAGAAAACCAAAGUAAAAAAAUCAUCAUCAGAAAUAACAACAAUAGUAUAUACAAAUACUUCUGUGCCACUCCUAUUGGACAUUAUGACGGAUGAUAUUCAUCCAACAAAUCAAUCUGAGUAA